AUGGAAUUCGAUUCCAUUUCUUUACGCUUUGCAUAUGAAGGAAUGGAGCUUGAUGAAAAUUCAUUACCCACGGUAUUUUCGUCUUUUUCACACAUGACAUCUUUUGUUUUCUAUAGAAUGAAAGCAGAAGCAGUUGAGUUAAAGGUAAAGAUAGAAAUCGUUAAUCGAGAAAGAAAAUAUCACCAGCAAAAUAUUGUAUUUGAGCUUAAUGCUUUGUCGGCACAAUGA